AUGGUUGCGACGAUCUCCGACGCCAGCCGCGCAAUUUUCGCUCUCUGCUCCCUCAUUGCUGCCCACGGUGGCAAUGCUGUCGCUGGGAACCCCAAAGGUGGUCUUGUGGCGCCUGCAGCUUCCACAGCCGACAUUGGCGCUUGCCUGACCAAGGCAGGCAUCGAAUACUCGGCGCCCACCACUUCAACAUGGGCGGUGGACACGGAGGCGUGGAACUCACGUGUGAGCCCUGUACCUUCGGCUGUCGCUUUUCCAAAGACGGAAGAGGAGGUGUCGGCUGCUCUGAAGUGCGCUGCUAGCACCGGCGUCAAGGUGACUACGCUCGGCGGCAACCGGUCGUUCUCGAGCAUGGGCUUUGGUCGCAAUGACGGUGCUCUGAUCAUGAACCUAAAGCACUUGAAGCACUUGAAGUACGAUGCGUCGACCCAGCUGCUGUCCUACGGUGGCCCCGUCACGAUCUCGGAGGCUGUCGACUUUAUGUGGAUCAAGCAUAAACGCACGUUCCCCCACGGCCGUUGCCCGGAUGUCGGCAUGACUGGUGUCGCUGCCUCGGGUUUCGGCACCAUUUCGCGUCUCCAUGGCACUGUGCUGGACAACAUCGUGUCCGUGCGUGUGGCACUCGCCAACAGCUCCAUCGUCGACGCUGACGCCAAGAAGAACUCGGGGCUAUUUUGGGGUGUCCGCGGCGCUGCCAGCUCAAUGGGCGUGGUUCUUGACUUCAAGAUCAAGACCGUUGCGGCUCCUUCGACGCGCGCGACAAACUACACGAUUGCUUUUGACAAGAGCUACAAGCCAACACAGCAGGAGAACGUUGACGCUCUCAUUGGUACGCAAAAGUGGGCCCUGAGCAAAGACAACAGCGACAAUUUGUCCAUCCGGUUUAGCAUCAAGAAGGACUCGACGCUGCAAGGCUUCUUCUACGGUACGAGUGCGGAGGCAACGAAAGUCUUUGCGUCGCUCAUGAAGAACCUGCCUAGUGCAAUGAAACUGACCACGACCGAGAGUGACUUUUGGGCAUCGGAGGAAUUCUCGACCCCGGGUCUCGUGCAGCAGACGCUUACUCCUCGCCGCUUCUUUUACAUUACGUCGGUGACAAUCCCGAGCAAAUCCCCGCUCUCCAACUCCACCGCGUGGGAGCUGUUUACCAACACUGCGUUUUCUCCCAAGCUGCCGGAUGCCUCUUUCGGCGGCUUUGUCGACGUUUGGGGCGGCAAGUACGCCAAAACCGUUCGUCCUGACGCUUCCGCCUGGAAACACGACGACAACCUUUUCCUCGUUCGUUGGGACAUGCGCUCAUCGGCCUUCGACAAGCCGUUUGCAGAAAGCUCCUUGGACACCAUGCGCAAGAACUUUUACAAGUUCGUGAAUGCUUACAAGGCUUCGGGCGGUACGCCGGGUGGGUUUCCGACCUACCGUGAUGAGAAGUGGACGACGGCGGAGAUGGCCGAGUACUUGUACGGCGGCGGCAACUUUGCCAAGUUGCAGAAGAUCAAGACCGAGUACGACCCGAACGAGAUGUUCAACACGGACCCUCAGGCUAUUCGCUCGUUGUCGAAGAAGGCCAAGUAG